AUGGCGGACGCGGCGCAAGUGCAUCGGGCGCAUCGUCCGGCGCAAGCAGGCCCAAAGUCUGCCAAGGCGAAGGGAAGAGAGCGCCAUGCUGGUGGUUUUAACCCCAAGGCGUAUAUUGCGGCACACCCGUAUGCGGCUGACAAGCAGGUCCGGCGAAAAGCUGAGCUGGACCAGCAGCGCUUGCAUGUGCCGUUAAUGGAUCGUACACCUGAGAAAGAGCCACCACCAGUGAUUGUCGCCGUGGUAGGACCUGAAGGCGUAGGAAAGACGACGUUGAUGCGUAGUCUUAUCCGACGGUACUCAAAACAUACAUUGGCCCAUAUCAAUGGGCCUGUUACGGUGGUCAGUGGCAAAUCGCGCCGUAUUACUUUUAUCGAGUGCAAAUGUGAUAUUAAUUCGAUGAUUGACGUUGGAAAGGUUGCCGAUCUCGUUUUACUGAUGAUCGACGGCAGUUUCGGUUUUGAGAUGGAGACAAUGGAGUUCCUCAAUGUGCUUCAGGCGCAUGGCUUUCCCAAGGUCAUGGGCGUAUUGACGCACCUGGAUCUUAUUAAAAAGGCGCGGACACUUCGCGCAACCAAGAAACGACUGAAGCACCGGUUCUGGACGGAAAUUUACCAAGGCGCUAAGCUAUUCUACCUCUCUGGUAUCAUUAAUGGCCGAUACCCCGACGCCGAAAUUCAGAACCUCUGUCGCUUUAUCAGUGUGAUGAAGUUCCGCCCACUCAUCUUCCGGAACCAGCAUCCAUACUUCUUGGCAGAUCGUAUGGAGGAGCUGACGCCGCGCGACCUUGUGAAAGCGAAUCCGAAAAUGGACCGCACCAUCACUGUGUAUGGCUAUCUGCGCGGCACCCACCUCCGAGUGAGGCAAGCUGUACACAUUCCCGGUGUGGGUGACCUAACCGUGGCCUCAAUCGAGCGUCUCGCUGAUCCCUGCCCACUUCCCACGCAGGAAAGUGAAAAACGCCGGCGUUUGAGCGACAAGCAAAAGCUUAUCCACGCGCCUAUGAGUGAUGUCGGUGGCGUCAUGUUUGACAAAGAUGCUGUGUAUAUCAACGUGCCGGGUCAUUUCUCGAAGCGCGACGGCGAUGGCGACGUGGGCGAGGGCGAGCGCAUGAUAAUGAACUUGCAGGACUCAACGACCACUCUGGGUGACCGCGCUGCCGCAGGGGACUUGCGUCUUUUUGAUGAUUCAGAGUCGGGUGUGUCGAUCAAUAAGCUGCGUCGGCGUGCAGCCUUUGAUGAUGCCAACCAUGAUGAGGGCGGCGAGGACGAGGACGAGGACGACGUGGCGGAGGAUGACGACACCGAUGGCGAAAUUGAAGACGAUUUGGAUGGAUCAGGAGCCUAUGCAAUGGAUCUGGACGACGAGCAGGAAGAAGAAAUUGCCUAUGCGGAUAGCGACUCAGACCUGGGCGACGCGGCGGACUUUGCUCUGUGGAAAACAGAUUUGGCCCAACGUGCUGAAGACACUGUGAUGGCCAACCGUCGUCGUCGUCGCGACCUGAUGCGGCUCGUCUACGAGUCAACACAAUCGCCCGAAGAGAUUGUGCGUGGGGACACAUCGAAUCCAGAGAAGGACGACGAAGACACGCAGGGCAACGACGAAUUUUUCCAUGUGGUUUCAGAGGAGGCAUCUAGCUCUAUGCAGGACGUGCCCGAACAGUUUUAUCCUAUACAAGGGUCUACUGAUCUCGAGAUAUGGAACGAAGACGAGAAGCUCGACUCGAUUCGGUACCGCUUCAUCACUGGCGAGGCUGACGACGUGAAUGAGGAUCCCUCUCAAGGCGAAGAGGGGGUCGAGGCUGCAAACGAGGUGGUGGAGGACGACGAAGAGGCGCGAGCCAAGGCACUUGCAUCGAAAAAAGCAGCCCUCAAGCGCAAGUUUGAUGAGCAAUAUGAUGCCGAAGACGACGAGCAAAACAAUGAUGAUUGGUAUACGGAACAGAAGCGCGAACUGGCGCAUCAGGCAGAGCUUAAUGCGGCCGAGUUUGCCGACCAGGACGAGGAAACACGGGCGAAAAUUGAGGGUUUCCGUCCCGGUACUUAUGUACGUGUUGAGUUGCAGCAGGUGCCCUGCGAGUUUGUGGAGCAUUUCCAUCCCGCCUAUCCGAUUGUGGUGGGCGGUCUGCUGCCUAACGAGACACAAUUUGGCUUUUUGCAGGUGCGCAUUAAAAAACAUCGCUGGUACAAGCGGAUCCUUAAGACCAACGAUCCGUUGAUCUUUAGUCUCGGCUGGCGCCGGUUCCAGUCGAUGCCAAUCUAUACGCUAGACGAUGGCACGCGCAAUCGCAUGUUGAAGUACACGCCCGAGCACAUGCACUGUCUCGCGUCGUUCUACGGGCCAGCGAGCUUGCCAAACACGGGUUUCUGUGCAUUUAACACACUCUCGUCUGAUACGCCCCAGUUCCGCAUCAGUGCCACGGGAGUUGUACUGAAUGUAGAUGCUGGCACAGGUGCCUCACACAAGAUUGUCAAAAAACUUAAGCUGACAGGCACACCGGCCCAGGUUUUCCGGAACACGGCAUUUAUUAAGGAUAUGUUCUCUACGCCGUUAGAGGUGGCCAAAUUUGAAGGUGCUCAGCUCCGCACAGUGUCUGGUAUCCGCGGUCAAGUCAAGAAGGCGUUGGCCAAGCCAGAGGGGCAGUUCCGGGCCACUUUUGAGGACAAGAUCCUCAUGAGCGAUAUUGUCUUUUUGCGUGCAUGGUACAAUAUCGUGCCCCGGCCGUUCUACAACCCUGUGACCUCGUUGUUGAUGCGUGCUGACGAGGCGCGUGAAUGGAAGGGCAUGCGUCUUACGGGUACGGUUCGCAAAGAAGAGGGUUUGAAGACUCCUUUGCGCGUCAACUCGACCUACAAAUCUGUCGAGCGACCGGAAGCACGCAAGUUUAACCCGCUUCGCGUACCUCGUGCGCUUCAGGCAGCGCUUCCGUACAACAGCAAACCGCACGUCACCAAGGCACAACGCAAGCCGACCUAUCUCCAGAAGCGUGCGGUACUUAUGGAGAAGGACGAGCGCGAUGCUGUGGCGCUACUGCAGCAGAUGCAGGCUGUGCAACGCGCCAAGCAGGAGAAGCGUCAGCAAAAGCGACAAGAUCGACUCGACGACAAGGCCAAGACCUUGGCCAAGCAGGAGACAGCCGAUGCGCAGAAGCACAAGGAGCGCAUGAAGGAUAUCUACCGCGUGCAAGGGCAGCGGGCGGCCAAGAAGGCCAAGUCAUAG